CGGCGCGCCUCCACCUGCCGCGUGGAGCUGGGCGCGCUGCUGGCGCCGGAGCCGCGCCCGCUCGACAACAAGGUCAAGCGCCACAGCAUCCACGGCAUGACGGAGGAGGAGAACGUGGUGCGGCCGCACCAGGAGAUGGCGGUGCUCUCGCUGGAAGAGAAGAAGUUCCUACUGGGUGUGGAGCGCGGCGAUGUGGCGGGCACGCGACGCAGCCUGCAGCGCGCACGGGACACCGGUCACAUCAACGUGGACUGCGUGGACCCGCUGGGCCGCAGCGCGCUGCUCAUGGCCAUCGACAACGAGAACCUCGAGAUGGUGGAGCUGCUGCUCGAGUUCGGCGUGGAGACGCGCGACGCGCUGCUGCACGCCAUCUCCGAGGAGUUCGUUGAGGCCGUGGAGGCGCUGCUCGACCACGAGGAGCGCACACGCAAGCCCGGGGAGCUUCACAGCUGGGAGGCGCUGCCACCCGAGACGGCGACCUUCACGUCGGACAUCACGCCGCUCAUCCUGGCGGCGCACCGCGAUAGCUACGAGAUCAUCAAGUUGCUGCUGGACCGCGGCGCCGCGCUGCCCGUGCCUCACGACGUUCGUUGCGGCUGCGACGAGUGCGUGCGCUCGCGCCGCGAGGACUCCUUGCGCCACUCGCGCUCGCGCAUCAACGCCUAUCGCGCGCUGGCUUCGCCUUCGCUCAUCGCGCUUUCCUCCAAGGACCCCAUCCUGACAGCCUUUGAGCUAUCGUGGGAGCUGCGCCGGUUGUCGGCACUCGAACACGAGUUCAAGACCGAGUACCAGGAGCUGCGCGUGCAGUGCCAAGAGUUCGCGACCGCGCUGCUGGACCACACGCGCACCUCGCAUGAGCUGCAGGUGCUGCUCAACCACGAGACCGGCGCACCGCCCGCAGCGCUGCCCGAGCCCGGCGCGCCCGAGCGCAUGCGCCUCUCACGCCUCAAGCUUGCCAUAAAGCUGCGCCAGAAGAAGUUCGUGGCGCACCCCAACGUGCAGCAGCUUCUGGCCUCCAUCUGGUACGAGAGCGUGCCGGGCUUCCGGCGCAAGAACAUGCUUCUGCAGGCGGCGGAGAUGACGCGCAUCGGCGCCAUGUUCCCGCUGUACUCGCUGGCGUACAUCGCGGCGCCGUACUCAGCCCUCGGCCGCACGCUGCGCAAGCCCUUCAUCAAGUUCCUGUGCCACUCCGCCAGCUACUUCAUGUUCCUUUUCCUGCUGAUCCUGGCGUCGCAACGGAUCGAGACGGCGGCGGGCGGGGUGCUGUGGGCCGCGCCGCGCGCUCCGCCUACAGCGCCUCUAUCGCGCCGCGGCUCCCUGCCCUCACUCAUCGAGUGGCUCAUACUGGCCUGGGUCAGCGGACUGAUCUGGAGCGAGGUGAAGCAGCUGUGGGACAUGGGGCUGCGAGAAUACGUGCACGACAUGUGGAACGUCAUCGAUUUCGUCACCAACUCGCUCUACGUGGCGACAAUAGCUCUCCGUGUCGUCUCUUAUUUCCAGGUCCGACGCGAGAUGGCUCGUGAGCUGCAGUGGAACCAGCCGCGGGAGAAGUGGGACGCUUGGGACCCCAUGCUGCUGUCGGAAGGCCUCUUCUCGGCCGCCAACAUCUUCAGCAGCCUCAAGCUGGUGUACAUAUUCAGCGUAAACCCGCAUCUCGGGCCGCUGCAAGUCUCCCUCAGCCGCAUGGUGCUCGACAUUUUAAAGUUUUUCGUUUUGGAUAUUCUCGUUAUCUUCGCGUUUUCUUGCGGGUUGAACCAGUUGUUAUGGUACUAUGCAGAAAUGGAGAAGAAACGGUGCACGACGGGCUCUUCGGCGGGUACGACGGCGGCGGCGGCCAACGGCACCGUCGUCGACCCCGACGCCUGCAUCGUGUGGCGACGGUUCGCCAACCUGUUCGAGACGAUGCAGACACUGUUCUGGGCGGCUUUCGGGCUGGUGGACCUGGACUCCUUCGAGUUGGACGGUAUCAAGAUCUUCACGCGCUUUUGGGGCAUGCUCAUGUUCGGCACGUACGCAGUCAUCCAGGUCAUCGUGCUGCUUAAUCUGCUCAUCGCCAUGAUGAACCACUCCUACCAGCUCAUAUCGGAGCGAGCCGAUGUGGAGUGGAAGUUCGCGCGUAGCAAGCUGUGGAUCAGCUACUUCGAAGAGGGCGGCACGGCGCCGCCGCCCUUCAACGUGGUGCCCUCGCCCAAGUCCGCGCUGUACGCGUGGCGCUGGCUCCAGCGCCGGCUGUGCGGACACGCGCGCGCCAAGCGCGAGCACAUGCGCACCAUCCGGAGGAAAGCGAAGCAGGCGAAUGAGCGAGAUUUUCGAUACCAGGGCAUCAUGCGCAACCUGGUGCGACGCUACGUGACGGUGCAGCAGCGGCGCGCAGAGAGCGGCGGCGUCACCGAGGACGACGUCAACGAGAUCAAACAGGACGUGAGCGCCUUCCGCUGCGAGCUCGUCGAGAUCCUGCGCAACUCCGGCAUGAACACCUCCACCGCCAACGCGGGUGCGCCCGGCGGCGGCGGCGGCAAGAAGAACCGUCAGAAGGAGCGUCGACUGAUGAAGGGGUUCAACAUCGCGCCGGGCGGCCCCCUGGCGCCCGUCGAUGAGUUCCUGGCCUCGCUGCACCACGAGCACCACGAGCACGGCGGGCACGGCGCGCACGCCUCGCUCUCCGCGCUGCUGGGCGGCCGUCUGCGCGCCAGCCAGUCCAGUCUGUCGGACGGCGGCGGGUCGCACGCGCCGCCCGCCCGCAAGCCGCCGCACAAGCGCCGCUGGGGCACCAUCAUAGAGGCCGCGCGCGCCGCCCGCGUGUCGCGCCUCAUCGGCCGCUCGCGCUCCGAGGACUCCGUCUGCGACCACGCCCCGCCCUCGCCCAGCGGCAGCGAGCGCUCCGAGUCGGGCAGCGACUCGCAGCGCAGCCCGGAGCGCGCACGCAGCGGCCCCCUGCACCCGCUCUCCGCCCUCGCCGCCCUCAAGCGCAAGCGCAAGAAGUUUUCGGACUCGAGGCGCGCGGCCGCCCCCGACCAGCGCGCCAGCGAGGCCUUGCAACGCGCAAGCUCGGUGCCGGCGCGCGCGCCCCCCGCGCCUCCGCCGCGCGCGCCCCCUGCGCCCUCCGCGCCCGCCGCGCCCCCGGCGCCCCCUGCGCCCUCGCCCGCGCCCGCCGGCAGCCGCGAGCCGCUGCUGGCGAGCCUCGACGACGACGCACAUAAGUCGUGCGGACAGUGCGGGUACGAGGCGGGCGGGGCGACGUGCGGCCGGUGCGCGGCGCUGGCGCGGCUGGCGGGCGUGACGCCGCUGCACGGACACGCGCCGCACCACUCCGCGGGCUGGCUGUAGGCGCCGCACUGGCCGCCGUCGCAUCCCCCGAUCUCUGCCUCACUCCAUACAUCGUUAGGAAAUAACUGUACCGCGGCUAGCGCGGAUCGAACACGUUCACAAUGAAAUUAAUCGUAAUUAGUGAGGUGCACGUAUCACUAGGAGCUAAGACAAUGACGUCUGAGACGCGCACACAAUUUUAAAUUAAUUCUUGCGCAGCGUCUCGUCCGCAACCGCGCGACAAACGGGUUGUCAAUGUGCGCUCUCCUGCCUUUUCAUUCCUUUGUUUCGAUCGGCCGAGGUCUUCCUAACGGCCUCGUUACGAGUACAAGCGCACGGCUAAAGGAAGUAGAAAUUUAGAUAAUUAUUGAACAGCUAACUAGUUAUAUGAAAGGAGAUUUUAAAAAAUUAGCAUAAAAUUAGAAUUUAAUCUAUUUUAUACAUGACUUACAAUGUGAAUACUAAACGUAACAUAAUAAAUAUACAAUAAAAUGUGUUCCAGAGAGUUUUCCAAUCAUAUAUUGUCGGCGUACGCACGUGUAGAUAUAAUUAUGUAACACACAACAUUACGUAGCGACUAGCGGAUCACUCGGGGCCGCCCCGCGCCCCGCGCCCCGCACCCCGCCUCCCUACACACGCACAUCAGUCGUCAAAGCCUCCGUAGAAUUUAUUGUUAUAAUAAGGAUUCACUUCUUGUUCCUUAAACCACGUCCGAUAACUUGUGUCCAGUUUUAUUUUGUUACAACACGGCCGAGCUAACUGUAUUUAAACACUCGAUGUAUGUAUGACUGAUGAACAAUAGAGAGCCAGGAGCCGGCCUAUGCGGUCGUCGGAGGUAGCAUCGCACUCCUCGGGCUCUAGCAGCGUCUUGACACAACUGACAUUAUGACUGCAAUAACCCUUUCUCAAAAGGAAAUUAUUAUUUUAUAUUAUACACGGCCUAAAUCUUUGAUACAGGGAUAACAUUCACAGUAAAUGUCCAUUAUAUAUGAAAAAGCACAACGAACAAGGUAUUUCCAUUUGGUAAAACUGUGUGAAUUAGCAAAUUUGCAUUCGACACACGGCGCUCGGUGCCUGGUACCUGGCGCUCGACACCUGACACCCGGCGCUCGGCACCCGGUGCCGGUCGGGAUGAGGUGUUAGUUGCUCCAGCGCAAAUACUCGCGUUCACACUACCCGGGACCGGAAGAUUUACUAGAAGGCUAGUGGCUCGACAUAUUUACCCGACUGACAAAUUAAUAUGUUUUUUUUUAACGUACGUUAGUUCAUUUUUAUUUAUGUGGGUUUGUACGUACGUAAAUUCCAUUGUGACGACCUGGAGCAUCGGUGGCUCAGGGGUUAAGCACUUGACUUGCAAUCUGCAGGUCCUGGGUUCCAAACUCCGCCAUGUACCAUAUGUACUUAUAUGUUUAUCCGACGUUCUUACGGUGAAGGAAAACAUCGUGAUGCAACCUGCACAUAUCUGUGAAGAAA